AGAACUUUAUUUUGGUUUUCAAGCACUUCAGCCGAGUUUAGGUUUUAUUGAGUUUAAAAUGAGUUAAGAAUAUGGGUUGAACGGCAAACAUGGUAGGAAUGCCUUCACAGCGUUGUUGUUAAAGCGAUCCUGAUCAUUUGUGAGUGUUAUAAUGGUGGUAUUUCGAUUUCUAGGGUGCAAACGCUUCGCAGCUGGAGAAGGAAAUAGGCCCGCAAGAAUUUCCUCAAAAUGAACAUUACUUUGGUCUGGUUAACGUAAGUAUACUCCAUAUUAAUUGUAUAGUUGCUGUAGUUGUUUUUGUGCCAACCUUGACAACGAACUAAACUGCAUUUUCAUUUCUUUCUUCUGCAGUUUGGGAAUACAUGUUACUGUAAUUCUGUGCUGCAAGCGUUGUUUUUCUGCCGGCCAUUCCGCGAGAGGGUCCUGGCGUACAAACCACUGUCUAAAAGGAAAGAAUCCCUUUUAACAUGUUUAGCUGAUCUUUUUGGUAACAUCGCUUCGCAGAAGAAGAAGGUUGGUGUCCUGGCACCCAAAAAAUUCGUCGCGAGGCUAAGAAAGGAAAAUGGUGAGUUUUAAUAUUUUUACCGAUCAACAGUCUGACAUAAUUAAUUGGUCAACUUGUAAACCGUAUUUAAACUGAAUAGUGGAAAAUCUUUUUAACGUUUUCAAGCUUGAUUUCAGUUUUGUUCAGGACUUAAUCCUAUUUUUGUCGCUCCUUGAAAUCUUGUGACGUGAAAAUGUGAUGACAGAAGCUUGUUUUGUUUGUUUUUUUUUUUGCUUUGAUCUGCAAUAUUUAAAUAGCGGAACACAUGGCUGAGAAGAUUUUUAACAUUUUAAAAUCUUAGAGAAUAAGGUUAAUCUCGUACCCAGAUCUCUAUUUGACAAAGGCAAAGGAGAGAUUUGGUCAAAUCCGAUUUGUGCACUUGAUCACCUGUCAGGAAUGUGACAGGCGAUGAAAGAGCGCAUGCUUGAUAUAAAUCCUCAGUUUUAGACAUGUUAAACAAUGAAUUUGGUAGAGGCGUGAAGUUUUCUCUAACAAAACAUGGUUGUAUGCAUAUCUUAAGUAGGAACCAACGAACUUGUUGUUGUUUUUCUUUGUAACAUUAAAUUCAACAUAACAGCUAGUUAGUUUAAUAUUAAUUAUCCUAGCAUGUGCUAAAAGCUCAAAGCAGUACGUGUCAGCUUCUACGUGAGAAUUCUUUUUUACCAUUUUCAAAAGUCUUAAUUUUGAUACCAAGAGAGAGUUUUAAAAAAUCGUUAAAGAUGAGAUAAAAACGGUUUUGCAAGUAAUAUUGAGACAGAAAACUACUUUUUCAGUGAAAAUAUUUUAUUUGAACAGAACUGAAGACAUUGCACAUACCAUAGGACGUGCAGGAGACAACACUCACGUCGUUCGCUCCCAAUCUAGCCAGUCAGGAAAGCUAAAUUUUGUUACUUUACCAGAUGUCGCCUUCAGCUUCAUAAACAAGAGAUCUGGGUACGAGAUUAGAAUAGGGCCAAAAAAUGGUCGGAAAACAAAUAUUCUACGUGUAUAUAUAUGUUGCAGGUCAAAUUUGAUUUCAGGUUAAAUUUUUUUAACGGACAGUGUAGGUUGAUUCUCAAUUUCCUUUGUCUUCUAGCCCUAAUUAUUCAUGGAUUCUGGCUAGGAAACAAAGGAAAUUGGGAGUCAACUUAGGUUAAAUCAAAAUUAACCUGAAAUCAAAUUUGAACUGUAACAUAUAUAAAUAUUAUGUUUGUAAUGUCACUUGGCAACCGCAUUUUUUUAUUGUAACCUGCUUUAUGAGUUUUGUAAUGAAUAACCAAAUCAGUCUAUCAAAAGUAUGUUUGGAUGUGGCUGAAUAAAUGAAAGGCAUUUGGCUUUGCUGGCUCAGGAUACAACACCUACCCCUGCACGUUAUACAAAAACCAUUUAUUUAUUUGAUCACUUUCACCAAGAUUACAAUGCUAAAAUGAGACUAGAAAAAAAAAUACAUUUGAAACAAGAGACAAAGGUGCAGAACACACAAAAGAGUGAGGCUCCAAAUUAAGUGUGCCCGUAAGAAAAAUUCACAAAUACUAACUAUGUAAACAGUUAAAACAUUAUAAGAAGUAUAAAAAUCCUAUUUCCAAAAAUGAUAAGAACACAUCACUCCCGCAGCCCAUAAAAAGUCUCACUAGCAACAGUUGCCAGCGAGUAGAAGAUUACGUCAAGUACUGCAUUUGCAGCAGAUCGACUUCCAGGUGUUAAAGGUGUUACCAUAUUUAAUUAUUAUUCGUGAUUUUAUAAUCAUGAAAAAGAUUUUCAAGCUCAAUACCUCAGUGCAGAAUUUCUUUGAAUCAGUGCUCUCACCAGACUGUGACAUUGUGUGAUUCUUGCACUUUUUAGCGAAAUGGCGCAUUUAAAAAGUCCUUAACCCAUUCCCCCCUGAACCGCCCGUAACCGCCCGUGCGGAUCCAGGUCCUUUCUACCCUUUGUGACGUCAUCAGUUUUAACAGUCAAGGACAACUUUCUUCGCUAACUUGUGCAGAGUGAAGAGAUCUUUCAAACCAUACCAGAAUGAGCACAAUUCAGUCAAGGACACUGGAGAAAGAAUCAAAGAACCAUGUGACAUUGACCUGAAAAUCUCCAUGAAAAUCUUGUUCCAUUACCCACCUAUCUUUCCUUUCACCUAAUCCUAAGAUCCUAAAAGCUUUCCUAAAAACUCUUCCCACCAAAAUAAAGCGUACUAAAUGCCCAGCAAGAGAAAAAAAAAAUGAGGCAAGAAAAGCGAAAAAAGAAGGGAGGAGAGAAAGCGAAAUUUUGCUUUCUGUGCAUGCCCAAACUUCGCAAGCUGAUAUUUUGCAUCUGGAUCAGAAGGCCGCGAAGUGUACGACCUGUAAACCAGUUUGUGGUAAGUUUUAGCUCUUUAUAGCACGACAGUGACCAGAAAACCACUCGACUAGCUUCAAAACGUGUUUUUCGGCAAAAUCUCUAGGAGCGAAUGGGUUAAGGGCCCUCUGGGUGCAGAACUUUAGCAACUAUUAUCAAGCUCAAGCACUGCAAAGGAUCCUGGAAAAGAUAAGGGGAAUACAUUUUCCAGAACUUGUGGACUUGCUGUUUUUUCUUGCAUUGCUUCAUCAAAGUCAAAAUUUCCAGACAAGCCUUCUUGAUCGCGUGAAUGACAUGUUUUGCAGAGAAUCAAGUGUCAUUUUGCAAAGUCCAUACAAUCAAUUUUUUUUUACUGCUCUGUGCAGGAUGAGUUUGUUUAAAUUAGUGAUUGUUGUAUUCUGCAUGUUGAAUGUGACUACAUACAACAAUAAUCUUUUAAAAUGUUUGAUUUUAUUCAAGUGUUUGUAGCACACUGUAUCACACAAAUUACAAAUUAUUGAUAACUUCAAACUGAGUUAACUCUCUUGAUCCAUUCUUUCUUUUACAGCGGUUUCGGGUAACACCCGACCUGCGAUGUCAAAAAUGUCUUUGGAUUUUGGGUUUUUCUGCGAUGUCAAUCAAAAUCUGAAGAAUUGGUGCUUUCUUGCCUUCACACCUUAGCGAACCUCCUAGGAAACAAAAUGGUCUUAGUGAUUUGUGAUUGGUGGAUUUCGAUCCAUUUGAGUGUGUUUCUGUGUUUCAAAGUUCAUUACAUUCGGUCGUGUGUUUUUGAAAAGUGCAGUAAAUUUUACCUUAGCUCUAAGUUUUUUUAUCUUCUUUAUGCUGAAACAUGGCAAGUUUAGAUUCCCAAGGUAAAAUUAUUGUUCCUAUAGAGCUUCCAAAUCCAGAAGAGGCACAGAUAUGUGAGGGUGAAAACAUGUGAAAAUGAAGGGUACGUUACCGCUAACAUUUACAUUUGCAGCCUCUGCUUGUUUAUUUUGCCACCUAUAUUUGACAAACACAGUGGAUGCUAUGGUAACAGUUUCUUUGACAUUGCAAAAAAACCCAAAAUCCUGAAACAUUUUUGACAACACAGGUUGUGUGUUAUCCGAAAGAGCUGUAAAUGGCCCAGAAACAUCAAGGCCUGGGGUCCCUGGGCCACAAAUAACAAAAUUCUGGUGAGAACACUGUUGUAUAUUUCAAGAUUUCUAUGGAUGUCUUUUUGUAAGGGGUAUUCUUCCCAUUUCAAUACCAGUCCCAGUCAAUUUUCUCUCUUUGAGUUUUUGUAUAUGAUCAGUUUGGCCAGUAAAUCAUUGAUUGUUUAUAAAUUGGAUGAUUGUCAAAUCUCAAAUGCUGUUUGACAAAAUUAUGCACCAAUUUAUUGUUUGUUACUUAAAGUCUUUGGAAGCCUACAACUACUUGCCAAACUCCCCAACUUCAAAAUAUCUCUUCUAGGAAAAGAUUUCGCUCCUACAUCUUCGGCCAAAGAUCUUGGGGUUGUUUUAGAUCCGCAACUAACGUUUGAUGACCAUGUUCUAAAAACUGCGUCAUCUUGUAUGUCAAGCCUCGCACAAAUCAGUCGGGUUAAACAUGUUCUUGACCGUAACCAACUGGUGACAGUAAUAAAUGCCCUAGUCUUUAGCAAAUUACUGUACUGUUCCACAGUGUGGUCGAACACCUCGAACAAAAAUAUCUGUAGACUACAGUCAGUGCAGAACUUUGCCGCGCACAUUAUUACAGGUACCAGGAUAUUUGAUCAUAAUAACCCCCGCACUAAGAGAUCUACGUUGGUUUCCGAUUAAACAAAAGCUGUUCUUCCGCGACGCUCUCAUGGCAUUUAAAUGCAUGACUGGUCAAGCUCCACAUUACCUCAACGAUCAAUUUACAACAAGAAUUGCGGUCACCGGGCACGUGACUUGAAGUUGCCAAUUAUUAAACAUCCCCUUGUAUAAGUCGAGUACCGGACAGAGAACAUUCCACUACUGCAUGGUGCACAUUUGGAACAAUCUAGACAGUACUCUUAAAACUGCAAAAUCGAUUUCUACUUUUAAAUUUUGUCUGAAAAAUAAGUUGAUUACUGACUUUUUAAAUAGCACGUUAUGAUAGUAUUUUAGUAUCUUACUGGUAUCAGUUCUUAUUUUAUUUUAACUUAAAAUAUGCAUAUUGUAUAGUACGUAGUGAGAAUAUUUAUUAUACGAUUAAUUCUUAAAUAGGUAUGUUUAUAUUGCUUUGUUCACUGCAUUCUUUCCUUUUAAUUGAAUUGUUAACUACUUCUCUUAUCUUAAUUAGUUGUUUUUUUUUUUUUUUUUUUUUUUAGUCGCAUUGUCACUGAAAAGCCCCACCAGGGGAGUGUCAAUAAACUAUUGUAUUGUAAUUGCAUUAAAUCUGUUGAAAGAAUCGUUUCCCUAUAAUUCAGGGUAAUUAAUUGAAGCAUAAAUUUGGCCAUUGAUUGCACAUUAUAUAAAGAAUUUUAUGGAAUAUUUACAAACUGUAAGUCAAUCAGGAGUAGAGAAAAAAUUUUAAAAGAUUAAAGAGGGUGAUGUUUUCCUCUUCUUUAAUAUUAAAUAAGCUCACUAUUGAUUUAUCAUCAUCAUCAUCAUCAUCAUCAUCUCUGUAAUGUACAUUAUGUCUGUAAAAUUAUAAUGCUGAUCAUUUAUUUUAAAAUGAUAAUUUUUUUUCCCAUAGAGCUGUUUGAUAACUACAUGCAACAGGAUGCCCAUGAAUUCCUUAAUUAUUUACUGAAUACAAUAGCUGAUCUCUUGCAAGGUAACAGUUCUAUAUAAUGUUAUACAUGUAAGAUUGCCGUUUAACCAUGCUAUACAAGCAGCCCAUCCAGACCUCUUUUUCCCAGGCCAGGCAAAAGUCUACUCAGUUUUUUCAAGCUUUUAAAAAUACAUUGUAAUACAUACAUGUAUCAGUCUGUGCCCUACUGUUAGGGCAAGUGACCACUUUUUGGCAUCCUUGAACAAUAUUUUCUUCACAAUUUGACCUCUUUAUUUCAUUCUCAAUGGAUUCUUGUUGACAUUAAGUGAAGCAGUCAUUGAAAAAUGAUUAAGUUCUUUGAUUCUUGAAAGUUGUGUAAAGUACAUAAAUCAGCAUUCAAGCAUUAUGUUUGACCUCUAACAUUUAAAGUCUAAGUUUUAUCAAUUUUGUCAUCACAUAAUGGUAAAAAUUCCAGAAAGCUUACUAAUAAUAGUAUAUACGUUACAGGUCAAAAUUAAAUUCAGGUUAAAAGUUUUUAACCUUGGUUGAUUCUCAAUCUCCUUUGUCUUCUAGCCCUAAUUCAUGAAUAAUUAGGGCUAGGAGACAAAGGAAAUUGAGAAUCAACCUAGGUUAAAAAAUUUUAACCUGUAUAUAAUUUUGACCUGUAACAUAUUAUGUAAAACUACCCCAUGAAUGAAACAAUGCUAAUUCUAUUGUUGCGUGUUGUGACCAGAUAAUCGUACAUGUAGCCCAAUCAUAAAAUGUGGUUAAUCCAUGAUUCCACUGUGCUGGAUGGUGAGGCUUUAAUUUUGUGCCUUAAACUCCAGUGUUGUCACAAUUAGUGGCUGAUUUUGAAAUGGAAUCCGUCAUACACUGUACGUUUGCUGAAAACAGAAAAGAAAGUUUAAUAUUCUUCAAAAUGUAAGCUGUGUUUAGAAAUUGUUAGAUGAUGUACAUUGUUAUCAUGUUUUAGGUGAGCGUGCAAAGGAAAAAGAAAAAGACAAGCACAGCAGCACCAGCAGCGUCAGCAGCAAAAGCAGCAUUUCAUCAGCAGGAACGAUAAAUGGAGUAUCAACAAACCAAAAUGGCAAACCAGAGCCCACUUGGGUUCAUGACAUUUUUGAAGGAAUACUGACAAAUGAGACAAGAUGUCUCUGCUGUGAAACAGUAUGCACUAUCUCAUUUUGUUUGGCUAAGUUCUAAGGAUAUGUUUUACUUUUUGCAGUAGGUUACCAGGGUGUUCAUUAGGCAUCAGAGAUUGGAGAAUUCUCCGUUUACUACACGGAAUUCUCCGGGUCAUGUUCGGUAGCCUAUGACUACUGGUACUUUUUAUACAAACGUGAAGCCUUUUUCAAAAUACAUGUAUUCUCCUGUGACUUUACACCUUUCUCUUGCUACAAGGAUUCUUAAUGAAAAACCUGGGCUACUGUUUUAUGCUUUAAAAACCCUGGUAAAAUUAUGAUAAACUGUUCUGACUGAAAAAAGGCAUUAUUUAGCUACUGAAAAGUUUGGGGUCAUAUUAAGCAAACCAUCUCAAUUACUUUGCUGUUUAUACAACUGUACACUGUACAUGCCUGUAAUUAAACAAAUCAGAUCACUGCAUAUUUUGUUUAAUUGAUCCUCUUAUAUUUUAUGGUACAAAUGUACUCAGUACCCCGGCACAGGGACCUCUAGUUUAUUUUACAUGUAACAUGUCUUAAGGGAAGUGAUUUCUGGGACCUUGGCAGUUGACCUUCACUGAACCUAGUUUGCCAAAGGAGAAAAUACAAUAAUAUUCUUUAAAUUUCUGUCUGGAUGGUGCUUCAUGUAAACCCAACUUUUGCAACAUAAUAAAUUAUUUUUUUAGCGUGAUUCUUACAUGCAGUGCAUCAGCUCCUCGUAAACUGCGUACACUGCACUUGCAGUUUGUGCCAAAAAAAAAAAUACCAAAAAAAAAGUAAUGUUUACAUGAAGCAACACCCAAACAGCAGUUUUAAGAAUAUUAUGGUAUUUUCCGCACUGACCAAUAGAGGCUGACUAGAUUUUCAUACUGCAAAGCUGUGCUCUAAGAAAGCUUGAAGGGAGUCCAAAAACUUUGAGCCUGUGCAGUGUGAAUUCAGGGUGCCUAGCAUGUAGGUUCAUGGGUUUUCAAUAAGAGCCAGUGGCCAGAGAAUUUCGCCAGCCAUUUCACGUGAACUGGCCAUCUACUUUUCUUUGGAAAUUACCCUCGUUUAAAUAGAGUAUGCGUGUGCUGUCAAUGAAUAAAAAAACCAAAAUGUAUUGAUGUCUGUGUUCUGUACAAACACUCCAGAAUGCUGGAUAUGCAUUCUAAGAGGCCCAGAUUUCAUGCGAGUUUUUUCCUUCUCCAUCUACUUCAAAGCCUUUGCCAUCUACUCAAAAUCUUAUUGAAAACCCUGUAGGUUAUUACUGCAAAUUGUUCCAUUUGCCCAGAUGUAUAUUGUACUUAAGAGAGAAGUCACAGUUCCAUAUGCUGCUAGAAUACAGCCUGUGUUGUACAAGUUUGCUAAAUACACAUUUUUUUGUUCUUUAUUUUUUUCUAGGUUAGCAGCAAGGAUGAGUCAUUUCUUGAUCUUUCAGUGGAUGUUGAGCAAAACACAUCAAUAACACAUUGUCUCAAGUGAGUUUUACUAAAUUGUCAAAGCAAAGGCAGGUAUAUUACUGUUAAUGGAUGUGAAAUGCCUUGCAGUCAAGACUUGUAACAAGCUUCAGAAAACAUCAAUGUAACUGGUAAAUACGAUAAAGACAUACAUGUACUAAUAUUAUUUUCUCUGUUUGUCACUUAACAGAGGAUUCUCAUCAACUGAGACACUUUGUAGUGAACACAAGUACUUCUGUGAAACAUGCUGCAGUAAGCAAGAAGCUCAAAAAAGGUAUUUUGUCUCAACAGAAUAAUAUUUUGUCCAUCUCAAGUUUGCCAGGGUACAUUCUUUUAUACCGCAUUGAUUUUGUUCCAGUUAAGUACGAAUGAGCCUGUUCACAAUGUAUAGUAUGUUGACUUCAAGAAACAUGCAUUUUAAGUAUGACCAGUUUUGUCUAGGCAUGGUGGUACAGCUGGUUUUAUAAACAUGCCAGACUUACAUUGUAUAGGUCAACAGCAUCAGUCAGGGUCCAAGCAUUGAAAUAUUGUUGUUUCCCUAGACAACAGUGAAUCUAUUUGUCCAACUUUAUUGAUGUGUCCUGGCUGCUUACAUUAAUUUUGUACUGCUUGGGAAACUCAGCAAUGGACUACAGUAUCACCAUGUCCAGGGGGAAUACUACUACACACACACUGCAUUUGCUUCACCAUGGCAGGACUAGCUCAUUUGGUAGAGUGCUUGAUGAAUGUAAUGUAUUCUUUACUUAUUUUAGUGGCAUUAGGGAGAUCUUUUUGAUGCUUUUUGUUUGGUUUUUCUUCUUUGUCAGGAUGAAAGUUAAGAAGCUUCCAAAGAUCCUAGCACUUCAUUUAAAGAGGUUCAAAUACAUGGAGCAAUUACAAAGAUAUGCAAAGCUCUCCUACCGUGUCGUGUUUCCUUUUGAACUCAGACUGUUUAACACAGUAAGUAUCAUAGAUUACUGGCAUUAAAUUGUCAAAUUGUCCCUUGUUAGUACAUACAAUUUAUUUAUGUAUCGUAUUAAUUGCAUACUUUUCACAUUGUGUGAAGUGCUAGGUAUUCUAUAGGGGUGUGCUCGAUUGAUUAUAUGAAUUGUGAAAUAGUACUAAUGAAUUUAGUUCCAAUUGUGAAACUGGAGAAGAGUGCUUGAAAUAAAACGGCGUUUCUCUUGCCCCGAGGCAUACAUGGUGGAUGAUCCUGCUUCUGAAGCGUUGUUAGACUAGAUAGGCCUUCUCUUCGCAGUAAAGGCAAAAAAAAAGAAGGAAAAAGAAAAAGAUUAGUUGAUAUAUCAAAGUCUUCCCUUUUCUUGUUGAUUUUUCUUUGAGAGUUUUUUUUUUUUUGAAGAACAGAAUUAGAUUCCUUUAACAAUGAUGCCACUGACGUUUGUGAUAUUGAUCUGGAGACAUCACUGUUCAAGAAACAAAUCACAAGUCUUAUUUUUAAUAACGGAAAAUUCAUUGAUAAAGACUGUUCAGGAAUACCUGAACAGCAAUUACAGUAUUACUAUUCCUGUACGAGUGAAGGUCAAUCCGCUGCGUCGUAAGACUCCUAAGUGUUUUGGAUCUUUAAUUGUGACUUGUCUCUCAAUAUAAUCCUGUUUCUCCAACGUAAGUUAGAUACAGUCUUUCCAAUGACUUUGUUCCUCUUAGUCACUGUCAAAAUGCUCCAAUCCGGACAGUAAUUUGUUCAUUAGCACGGCUUUCACAGCUUACCUUCAAACAGCUAUUUCUGUCAACUAUAAACAUAGUGUUGCAUUUGUAGAACAGUUUAACUGUUUAUUUGUUUGUUUAUUUUUUCGCAAUAGUUAGUUAGUUUCUCUGACUUUUUAAUUGUGUUAAUUGUAGUCUGACGAUGCUAUUAAUCACGAGAAGCUUUAUGAUUUGGUUGCUGUUGUGAUCCAUUGUGGCAGGUAUGUAUUCAUUCAACAAAUAACUGUGGUCAAACAUACACGGCAGUUUUUUAACGAUAAGUACCUCGUACUAGCCUUUUUUGAGAUCGGAUCGGUGGGCCAUAAAUUGGUAGCCUGAAAUUCAUCUGACUGCUUCGAGUCAUUUUCUCCUCUCAACAACUGAGGGAGUCCUUAUGAGCGACGAAAUCGCAAUUCAUUCGUGACUCAUUUUGAGCUACAAAGUCGCAAAAACCUUAAACGUACGACGAAAGUCGCAAGAAUUGUAGAAAGUUAAGGGGAAGGACGAAGUGAUCCGUAAUUUUGAUUUUAAAGAAUGAUUAUGUGGUGAUUUUCUUCUGUGGGUCAAGAAAUAGGCGCCUGGCGAGCGAUAAGAACUUAUUAUUUUUCGGAGGAAGCAAACAUGAAAAGUGCAAUUAAUGAACCACAUGACGCCUUCGUUUUUUUCGAGGUUGACGCACUUGUAGUGGUAGUGUUAAAGGAAAAGGGAAGGUUCGUAUGGGAAGUUAUGGACCCAAUACUGGCUAAUCACAGAAUGAGAAAUGAAAGCCAUGAAAUAAAAGUUGUUCCGUUUACAUUUUACGCGCAUUAUCCCCACGAGUAGUUUUUCUGUUUGUUUAUUUAUUUUUUUUGGCGAAGGAAAUUUCAUAUCUUCACCUCUGUUUUGUUGUUUUAUUUUAUCAAGAGACUCACAUUCCCAAAUGAAACUUUACAACUGUUUUUUGUUUCUAAUUUUAACUUAAGCCACUUCUGGGCGUGAAAAAGUUUAAAACCUACGGAAGCACGUUGCCGUGCAAAAUCAUAAAACAACUGUGGUUACCUUCAGCAGAAAUAAGAUAACAGUUUAUAAAUUUUGUUCUUGAUCUUUUUGCAGUGGACCCAACAGAGGUCAUUAUAUAACAAUUGUAAAAAGUCACGGCCUUUGGCUACUUUUUGAUGACGAUAUUGUAGAGGUAAGAAGUAUUGUAAUAGUUGUUGCAACAAGUAAAUAUUUAUGGGUAAAGGAAUAACAAAGGGAAAUGAAUACUCCCUUGAGUGAACUCAAACGUUGACGGAGAGUAACUUUCAGUGUGACCAACGAAGAGUCUCUCAGUGGGGGAUGGAGCGAAACUCCCCUGGAAAAAAAAAAGUGGGGGCAUCUACCCUCCGUUAGUGCAGAAACGUAUCAGUCGGUAGUAGCUUAAAGUUUGUUUCAUAACUAAAACGGCUAAUAAUUAUAGCUAUCGCGUUAGUUGCGUAGCCUCCUAUACUGUAUAGGUAGAGUUCGUCGCCUAAGAAAGUCUGCAAAGGGGGUUCUAUGCUACAUGUACCUAGGCUGUAGACGCACUUGCGGUUGCCUACAAAGCUGAUAUUAGUUUUUCUCGUGUCUAUUUUGCAGAAAAUAGAAGCGCAAGCGAUAGAAGAAUUCUAUGGCUUGACGUCAGAAAUCCAGAAAUCUUCUGAAUCUGGUUACAUACUCUUCUAUGAAGCGAGGGGAUAAAAUGAAACGAUGAAAAUAAGCUGAAAUUCGAGAAGUCUUUCACUGCCAGAAUCGGGGCCCGUCUAUACGCCUUUCAUUGUUUGAUUCUGAAUGGAAACUUUUUGCCCGGUUUUGCCAGGCUUCCAUCCUCUCAUAUCUGGUGGAAGUGGUGAAAACGAUUUCCCAGGUGGGGAGUUUUGAAAUCACCCCUUAUGCUCGCGUGGACUAAUGAAAAUUAGUGCCAGGCUCUCAGAUAGUGGGGGCGUCGAGACAAAAAAAAGGUCAAACGAAAAUAUGACGCGCGAGAUCUGGAAAAGGGCUGUGGCGGGAAAAGAGGGAGCGCCGCCUCCUCUCUCCACAGCCUCAGCGCGUUUUUUGCGAUCUUAGCAUUGUGCAUCAAGCUACAUUACUACCGUAAAAUCCCGAAAAUAAGCCCCUCCAUGUAUAACCCCUUCCAAAUAUAAGCCCCCCAGACCGGUAACGUAAAAAACCCUCCGUUAAAUCACCCCUCCAAAUAUGAGCCCCCUGGGGGCUUGAAAUUGGAAAAUUGCCCUCAAAUACAAGGUAAAACACAAAGCAAAAGCGGUAAAUUUACGUCCAACUAUAAGGCUAGCCCAAUCGAUUUUGAGACGCAAAUUUCCCUCCGUAGAUAAGCCCCUCCGAAUAUAAGCCCCUCCAAAAAUAAGCUCCUCAAAAAGGGCCUUUAAAAAAUAUAAGCCCCGGGGCUUAUUUUCGGAAUUUUACGGUAUCUUGGAACCUGAAAGAGGCUAAAUGAAAAUGGAUCUCUUUAUCAACGUCAAUUAAUCGUAGUCCUCCCAAGCGAUAGCAUGCAGCUCUUCAAUUUCAUUGUAUCUUUAAUAGCACUGAGCUCGAAUGGUUCAGAGCUAGGGUCCAUUUUCAUUGUUAUUUUUUACUGUUCUCUUAGCCAAUCCUGUGUGGCGUUGUAAGAGUUGCAUACCACCGAAAUUUUAGGCUCGAUUACCAGCCGCUGUUCAGGGAAAUGAGCCCGCGCUAACAAGACCGCGGACCCGAAAAGACCCCACUCAAAUUUAACAUUGCUAAUUAUACCUUGGACGUCUUUUUUUACGUAUGAAAAAAACCUUUUGUCAGGGAAGUUUUGCUUUCUAAAUAAUUAUUUAUGCUAGUCGUGGCGUAAUAUGAUAAGACUGGUGCUGGUAGCCGGUCUCGAAAGUCGAACUUGUUGAGCCAUCAAAGGUCGACAGGCUAGACCUUGAAGUGGGUCAUCUUCAUCCACCAGUUUAUCCUUUCGGAGGGGUUAAAAGAUAAUCUCUUUGCCGAGGGUGAGUGGGGGUGGGGAGGGGGGAGGUUGGUGGGCGGAGGGUAUUCAAGAUUGACUGCGG